UAGGAGGAAACAAUGAACAACAGUUCUUUAUUUUCAAGAGAGAUGCUCCUACAGAGAUUGUCGAGUUUAAAUGACGAGAAAUCUUCUUUGCUUGUGCCGGUUAAAAUUUACCUUGGAAUUUUGAUCGUUUUUGGAUCAUUAGGCAACAUUAUGGUGUUCUAUUUUUACGGAUUUCGCUCAAAGAGGACCAGCAACAAAAUCUUCAUAUUGUCACUGACUGUGUGCGAUAUACUAUCGUGUUGCAUAUCCAUGCCAACGGAAAUAGCUUUUGACUUAAACAGAUUUUAUUUGUAUGACGAUGAAGUUGCUUGUAAAAUAUUUGUGUUUUUAAAUUUUCUAACGUCGUUUGCCUCAGCGUUGACAUUAACGGCUAUUUCGAUCGAACGAUUUCUUCGUGUGACACAAACGGGCUCCACGACCCGCCAGAUAACAGAAACAAUGGCGAAAAAGGCUUCUUUAAUUGUUGCUGGUUCGUCGGUUUUGAUCUCAUGGCCUGCGUUUGUUGUGUAUGGAACGCAGCCCAUUGAAAUUGAGGAUCAAACGGGAACUGUUUUAAUUGGCGCCGACUGUACAGCUCUGAAAGGAGAUAAGAUGGAUGUAUAUGUUAUGGUAUUUAGUAUUGUUCAUAUUGCAGCAUUCGUUGUCACGGCGCUUAUUGUUGUUGUGCUUUAUUCAAUAAUCAUGAGAACAAUAUACAGGCACAGGACAUUACUUGUUAAAUUAAAACAGCGAAUUGAUCAAUCGUCUCUUCAAGAACUGGGACAACAGAAUAUCGUAUUGGUGGAAUCGUCUAGUGAAGACGUUGCAACAAAUAAAGAGAGCGAUUCAAUAAACAGCUCCACAUCUAAUACUAUGAAGAUCUACAGCGUACCUCUAUCCGCUCAUGAAAAUAUGAAUAUAAAUGCCAAAGGUAAAACAGGCACUUAUAAAAGAACGUCAGAUUGUAACAAUGACACACGUGAAACUUCUACUGGCAAUUCUGAACAUUCACAAAAAGACAAUAAGGGCAUCCGGAAGAAUAAUACGCAACCCAAGGUUAGAGGAAGAUCUAAAUCUAUUCAAGAUAUGGUUCGGGUCACUAACAUUUCCUCGGUUAGAGUGACCCAAAUGAUGAUCGCUGUGACCAUGUCGUUCAUCCUAAGCUUUCUGCCUUGCCUCACGCUGAUCACUUGGCGGACAGUUCUCGCGGUUCAUAUGGAUAACUAUCUUACGGAUACGGAGUUAGUUCUAUACGAAAUUGGUCUCCGUUCAUACUUCAUUAACAGCGCGCUAAACCCAUGGAUUUAUGGUCUGUUUAACACGAAGUUUAGAUCGUAUAUAAAGGAGCGUUUUAAAUUAUUACUCUGUUGUUAUAAAGUAUACAUAUAA